GGUGGGGCUUCAUCAUGGCGGCGGAGUUUCGCUCUCUGUCCAUUAAAUAUCGUCAACAGUCAUGAAUUAUAUCAUUUAAACGGCGUCUUUAUCCGCUGAAGGACAUUAUAUCACAUUUACUGUCAUCGCGGGUGUUGUUUGUGGAUUUUAUACAGUGACAGUGGACCUCUCUUGUUUGAUUUAUUUCACUUGGUUUCUCCUCGGGAUAGUGUGACAGUGAAAUGUGUUUCAGGUAGUUGUAAUCAGUGGUGUUCCGCAGGGCUCUGUCAUCAGCUCGUCCAAGUUUCACCUGGCUGCAGUCAGGAUGUCCUCCACAGUGGUCCCCAAACCUUCUUCUGCUCUCUCAGGCCUGGACAACCUCUCCAUCUCAUCCCUGCUGUCAGGAGACCUGGAGGAGGACAGUGAAAGAGAGGACGGUGAUCUGGCUGACCUGGAAGUGAACCCGUACGAUGGGCUGCCGUACUCCUCGCGCUACUACAGUCUGCUGGAGGAGAGGAAGCAGCUGGCCGUGUUGAGUAUGAAGUUCAGUCUGUUGGAGCACAUGGAGUCUCACAGUAUGAUCGUUCUGAGCGCAGACGGAGGAACUGGGAAGAGCACGCAGGUUCCUCAGUGGUGUGUGGAGUAUGCACUGUCUCACGAGUUCUCUCAGGGUUUAGUAUGCUGUUGUCAGCCAUACGCUGCGGCCGCCUGCAGUCUUGCGCUCAGAGUAGCAGAUGAGAUGGACUUGAGUUUGGGGUUAGAGGUCGGCUACAGGGUCCCACAUGAAGACGGCUGCACUCCUGACACUAUACUACGGUUUGUGACAGACUCUCUACUGCUAGAGGAAAUGAUGUCAGAUCCUCUGCUGAGGCAGUACAGUGUUCUGGUCAUCGAUGAAGCUCAGGAGCGAACGGUAGCGACUGACGUGCUGUUGGGUCUGUUGCGUGAUGUGUGUCGUCAGCGCUCUGAUCUGAGGGUGGUGGUCCUCACUGCACCGGCCGUUGCUCAAACCUUCACCGGGUUCCUGGGAGAGAAUGUCCCUCACCUGAGCAUCCCCUCAGAAACAAAGACACUGGAAAUUCUGUACCGAGAGCCGCCGACAGCACGCAGUCUGACCACUGCUUCCUGUCAGAUGAUCCUGGAUCUGCACCGCAGGGGGGGGGGAGGCGACAUACUCGUGUUUCUGCCCAGUGUGCAGGAGAUCAAUGAGUGUUGUGUAGUGUUGGAGAAAGAGUGUGUGGCUCUGAGCGCUCAUCUGGGGUCGCUGCGAGUCAUUUCUCUCCACACUGGAAGCGGAGCUUCGUCACAGCAGGUUUAUGACUCUGAGAGCGCUGAAGACAAACAUCAGGACAAGGAGGCGGCUGGUCUCGAGGUGUCUGGCGCUCCAUCUCUCAGGCGAAGGGUCAUCCUCACUGAUGUGUUAGGAGAAGCUUCAUUCUCACUCAACAACAUCCGAUAUGUCAUCGACAGCGGUGUUCACCUCAAGACUAUCUACAGUCCUCAAAUUAGAGCUGAUUCUCACAUUCAGAGACCAAUCAGUAAACAGCAGGCCGACACACGAGCAGAAAGGGUUAACAGUAAACUGCCAGGUGUGUGUUUUCGCCUGUACUCUCAGUCAUUCUAUGAAGAGGGAAUGUCUGAAUGUCGCUGUCCGGCUGUGACAGAAGCAAACCUCAGCCAUCUGGUGCUGCUGCUCAAGAGACUGGACAUCGCUGACAUGGGACAGUGCAAAUUUCUGGACCGGCCAGCUCCUGAAGCACUCAUGCAGGCUCUGGAGGAUCUGGAUUAUUUAGCAGCUCUUGAUGAUGAUGGGAAUCUUUCAGAAGUAGGAAUCAUCAUGUCUGAACUUCCUCUGGAACCUCUGUUAGCUAAAGCUCUGAUCGCAUCCUGUGAAUUUGACUGUGUCAGUGAACUCCUCACCAUUGCUGCCAUGCUGACUGCUCCUCCAUGUUUUUUACCUCCUCCAGCAAAUAAAGAGGAGGCGGCAGCAACUCACAGACACCCCUUGCUGCAUCCAGAAGGAGAUCACAUGACCCUCAUUAAUGUCUAUAAUGCCUAUGUGCAGCAUAAUGAAGAUGAAAUCUGGUGCAGGACAAACUUCUUAAACGUCUCUGCGUUACGAUUGGCUGUAGUAAUAAGGGCGGAGCUACUGGAGGUGAUGCAGCGAAUCGAGUUGCCUGUGUCUCCACCCGCCUUUGGUUGCCAGGACAACAGCACCAAUAUAAAGAGAGCUCUGAUCUCAGGGUUCUUCUUAAAGGUUGCUCAUGAUGUUGAUGGUUUAGGAAACUAUCUGCUGCUCACUCACCAUCAUGUAGCUCACCUCCACGCGUUCUCAUCAUACCUGUGUCGCUGUCCACGGCCCAACCUGCCAAACUGGGUCCUUUACCACGAUUUCACCAUCUCCCACGACAACUGCAUCUGUGUCGUAUCUGAGAUUCACCCUCAAAUGUUGGUGGAACUGGCUCCUCAGUACUAUCUAGGGAAUCUUCCGCCGAGUGAAGGUCGAGAUCUUCUGAUGGAGCUCAGACAGAGUUUAUUUCCUCCAGAAGAUCAGGAGAACACAAACUCUCUGGAGAAAAGCCAUGAAGCAGAAGCUCAUGAUCAGUAUAGCACGGAGAUGUGUGUCAUACACUGAGCAACAGAACAUUUGAAGAUUAUAUUGCAGUAAGUGAAACACACGCGAUCUGCACAUCCAGCAGCUUUGUCUUGUACAAUGAACUCUAGAUGAGACGUCUGAGAUCAACAGCCUCAAUGAAUCUAACAUGGGUCAGGCCCACUUUCCUUUCUAUAUUUGAAGUGCUAUAAAAUAUAUAUAUAUAUUUAUAAAUAUUUUUAAUAGUGAUGUAACGGAAUGUUUCUGAAUCAAUUAAGGGGAACACAAUAUCAGCCCUUCUAGAACCAACCCAAUGAAGUUAAAUAGGAGUUAUUCUGUUGAAAUGACAUGGCUGUGUGAAAAAUUGUAUUUUUAAAUUCAUCUUCAUUGGACAUUUACUGACAGAACACAAUUUGAUAAUCAAUGCGUUGAACCUUAAUUGAUGGAUUUUUGUAAAUCUGACGACAGAUUAUCAAUGAUCAACACUGAAUUUUUAGGGUUUGUAUGAAUCCUCCGAUGGAAACAUGAUUCUGUUUGUGUGGUUUAAGAGGUUGUUUGGACUGUUUACUCAUUGUCAUUUGUUUUGUAAUUUUUCUUAAUCUUGUUGCACCGUCUCUCCCAAAAAACCCACUGUAAUUUCUGUGCGUAAACUGUGCGUACAAAUACCUGAUUUUAAUACAGUGGAAAAUGUUCAGACUUAUUAAAAGUUGUGGGGCAUCCAUUUGCAUUUUUUAUUUUAAUUCAUGCAUUUAAGUUCAUGCCUCAAUGCUUAUUUCACCCCUACCUUUAUAAACGCCAGAGAAAGAAAAUGUAUAGUUAUGUAUAAUCUACUUUUCCCAGGAUGGAAACGAGGUAAAACACAUAUACUUGUGAAUACUGGAUUGCAAAACAUGUUGGUCCCUGUAUUUAGUGACUAACACUUGUGCUUGAAUCA